AAGCAAUUUUAGCAAAUAAAUGCCCUAAUUGUUCUAAAGAUAUUGGAGAAAAAAAGUUGCUACAAGAAAUUCUUACUACACAUGAAAAAAAAGCCUUACCAAAUCAAACGGCAAUAAUAUCUUAUUUUUUAUCUAAUUAUCCAUUACCAAAAGCAGUGCAUAAGCUAAGCUUUCCCAAUAAAAAAUUGACAGAGGCUGAUCUUCAAGAUGCAUGUAAUCUAUCUUCAGUUAGUAAUAUUAUGAGUUAUGAAGAAAAUCAGAUAGAUAAUGAUAACGAGACUUUGUCAGAUAUAUCAAAUUAUUUUACAACUUUGUUAAUUAAUGAGAUUAUUGACUUGGAAAUUGAAAAAAAUUCAGAACCUCCAAUGGAAGAAACAUCUUAA